AUGCAGGCAGGGGGUCCGGAUAGCACUGCGGUCUCGGAGGCCCCCAGCAGUGGUAGUGAGGAGUCAGAUUGUGAGCAGGGCCCUGAGGCUGAUGCGGACACAGCACUGACAGAAGAAUGGGCAAGAGAACUGCUUGUUGGUGCGGGCAUGGUCACGCCUCAAGAGAUACGCGUAGAAUCUAGAGCUGGUGUUGCCGGAGCACUAAGCCGAGUACUUGCUGUGACUGUUCGCUACGAGAGCAAUGGUGAACGCAGAGCUUUACCUCUCGUGGUUAAACUGCCUCCCAGAGAUCCUUUUGGCCGGCUUUUUGUUGCUGAAGCGCAAUUCGAUACAAGAGAAAUCUUGUUUUAUACAGAACUAGCGCCUGUCUUAAAUAGACUAGCUGAAGAGGCACUGGGUCCCAAGGAAGGCUUACCUAUACCAAGAUGCGUUAAAGCAAGACUACCAGAUGAAAUUGGAGGAGACAGUGAACUUGUCUUGGAAGACGUGACAGCUGAGGGCUUUGUAUCAGCAGACUUUGCUGAAGGCUUAUCUGUGGAGAGAGCUAGAUCCGCACUUUAUGCGGCAGCUCGGCUACACGCUCUGUCUCUUGCUUUACGCGAACGAGAAGGUCCACUAGACCAGAGGUUUGAUUUUCUAUUUCCUUGUGAGCGGGCUGCGGCAGGUUAUUUACGUCUAGUUCGAAGAGGCUUACCACAGCUUGAAGCAUUUCUUCGAGGUCGUACGGAUUGUACAGAAGAAGCAGCGGCAGUAUCGGCUUUAAGUGCACGAGCACCUUCUCUCCUUGGCACCUUACUACGACCUGCGGAACCUGCACCGCUAGCUCAUGCAGAUUUCUGGAGCGGCAAUUUAUUAUUUAGAGAAAGAGAAGGUGAAAGUGAGUGUAUUGCACUCGAUUGGCAGAUGGUGUCGUUAGGAAGACCAAUGGACGAUGUAGCACUAUUACUCCUUUCUUCUCUAACUCCUGAAAUGAGAAGAGCUGCAGGUGAUUCCUUAAUAGAAGACUACGGAAACCGUUUAGAGGCCGAAUGUGCUAGAUUGGGAGCUGCCCCGUCAGGAGCAGCUGUUAGACGCGGGUUGAAGCCUGAUUGGCCGAGAGCAGCGCUUAGAGCGCUUCUACUGUGUGCGGGAAGUGUCGAUGUGGCUUUAGGAGAGCCAAGAGCUGAAAGCAGACUACUAGAAGCUGUCCGUGAUCUUCACGUGCAAGGCAUACUUGCACUCAAACCUGACUCUGAUGCG